AUGGUGCAUUUUGUUUUAGUACAUGGCUUAUGCCAUGGGGCUUGGUGUUGGUACAAGGUUAAGCCGGUGCUAGAGAGUGCCGGCCAUCGAGUGACGGUGAUCGACCUUGCCGCUUCGGGGAUCAACAUGACUAAACCAGACGAGGUCCGUACCAUGUCCGACUACACACAGCCAUUGAUAGAGUUGAUGGAGUCACUUCCUCCAGGAGAGAAGGUAACCCUAGUAGGACACAGCUUGGGUGGCAUCAACUUGGCUGUUGCCAUGGACAAGUUUCCUCACAAGAUAUCUGUAGCUGUCUUUCUCACAGCUUUCAUGCCGGAUUUUACACAUUCUCCUUCCAAUAUCAUAGAUGAGAUGAUGAAGGGGGGUCCAGCAGACUUUUGGUUAGAUAGUUACCAUUCUUCUGAUCCGGACCCUGUGAAGCCAAAAACUACGAUCCUAUUUGGCUCCAAAUGCUUGGCCUCUAAGUUCUAUCAACUCUGCUCUCCACAGGACUUGGCACUUGCAAAGAUGCUGAUAAGGCCUGGAUCCUUGUUCGAACAAGAUCUAUCAAAGGGGAAGGCAUUCUCUGAAGAGGGAUAUGGGUCAAUUAAUCGAGUUUUCAUUGUAUGCAACAAGGAUUUAACAAUUACAGAGGAUUUACAGCGUUGGAUGAUUGAGAAUAAUCCAGUUAAAGAAGUGAUGGAGAUAGAGGAUUCUGAUCAUAUGCCUAUGUUCUCAAAGCCCAAUGAACUCUGUUCUUGUCUCUUGGACAUUGCCAACAAAUACAGUUAG